CAACAAGGUCUGAAGACGACGUUGCAACAGCAAUGAUUUUUGCCAUUUUAGCCAGUUUAAUAGCGGUAUUUGCGGGCUGGUUUUGGCUUAGGAAGAAGAAAGAAAGUGUCGCAGGGAAAAAACCGCUAUUAGAAGUGUCUUCUCAUGGCUCAAGUGAUUACUUUUUCGUCAAGACAUUGAUGCGCAACACCAUUGUGCGGCAUGAAAAUAAUAUUCCACUCACGGACUACGAAAUAUACAGGAUUUACAAAAUCAACAACCCAGAACUGACAAAAAUAGUGGAAAAAAAGAAAUCCGACUUAAACUGGAGCACUUGGUGGAGAACCGACGAGCGAAUUCUCUUUCACGGCUCUCCACACGCAAAGGAAAUCGCAGAAAAGGGCUUUAAUGUGGGCGUUUGCAGCCCCCACAGCAUGUUCGGGAAAGGAAUCUACUUGACGAGUUUGUCUUCCAAAGCCAAUCAGUACGCUUGGGGAAACAACAGAGGUUGCCCCACGCACAAGAACAGGGCUUGCUGUUUGUGCACUCGCACGAUGCUCAUCUGCAGGUGCGUCAUGGGAAAGGAGCUGAGGACUGUAGCUCCGACGAGUAUGGUGCCGCCUGGAUACCAUAGUGUCGUGGCGGUACCCACGUGCGCGGACGACACUUACUUGAAGUUUCCGGAGUUUGUUUUCCUUGACGGCAGUCAGGUGGAGCCAAUGUUUUGCAUCGAGUACAAGAUACUUUACAUGAAGCAAGAUGAAAAUCCUGUUGAUGAUACAAUCAGAAGUACCAAAGCUAAAGAAAGUAAAUGUUCAAUAAUGUAGUGUGAAAAAUUACAGCGCUGUGUAGCGCACGUUAUUUAUUACAAAACAUUAAAAACCAAACAGGAAAAUGUAAAGUUGAGAUGUAAGGCUUGUAUAUUAAUUGAUAUAUAAUAUAUCCACGGUGUCUGGAAAUCUCCUAUUUUGUAAAAUACGAUUUACAACAUUUGUUACGAAAUUUUCUACGAAA